CUAACUACAUUAAAUUAGCUAACCGUCGGUUGGAAACGUUUACUGGUCAUUACGUCACCGUCCCGCUAGCUUAAAUGUUGGCUAAAUUAGCGGCAGCGGCGCUGCUAGGUUUUAGCCUAUAAUAUUGUUUUAUGGACGUUUUACUACUUUAAUAUAUCGUACACGGAACAAAAUAGUUAGCUAAAUGAGUUUUUUAAUGAUUGAUUUAUCUCUUUGCACUGUUAGCAUCGGUCAAAAUGGAAAAUAUAUACAUUAGUAAAAGCUAGCCUGCUAAGCUAGCUAGCUAAGAACAUACUACAUGUCAGAUUGUUAUUGUCAAUAUAUAAUUUAAAUACUGCAAGUUAAUUUAAACCAUAUACAGGGCUGGAAAGUACUAUAUACUCAAGUACUGUACUUAAGUACUAUGUUGAGGUAACUAUUUGUACUUUAUUUGAGUAUUUCCCUUUUCUGCUACUUUAUACUUCUACUCCAGUACUUCUCACAGACGGGGACAGAGACUCAGACGGGGACAUGGACGGAGACUCUGGUAAAGUCAGCCCGCUGGUGGGCGAGGACGAGUUCAAAGCGUCCUACGCCAAAGAAAUGGCUCUGCUCGCUCUGAUGGAGAAGACGGGAUACAACAUGGUGCAGGAGAACGGACAGAGGAAGUACGGUGGACCGCCGCCAGGUUGGGAGGGCCCCGCCCCCCCGCGGGGCUGCGAGGUGUUUGUAGGGAAGAUUCCCAGGGACAUGUUCGAAGACGAGCUGGUCCCUCUGUUCGAGAGAGCCGGCAGGAUCUACGAGUUCAGACUGAUGAUGGAGUUCAGCGGAGAGAACCGCGGCUACGCCUUCGUCAUGUACACCAGCAGAGAGGCGGCGCAGAGAGCCAUCCAGAUGUUGGACAACUACGAGAUCCGUCCGGGCAAGUUCAUCGGAGUGUGUGUGAGUCUGGAUAACUGCCGCCUCUUCAUCGGCUCCAUCCCCAAAGACAAGAGGAAGGACGAGAUCAUGAUGGAGAUGACGAACGUGACGGACGGGGUGGUGGAUGUGAUCGUGUACCCCAGCUCCACAGAUAAGAGCAGAAACCGAGGCUUUGCCUUCGUAGAGUAUGAAUCCCACAAAGCGGCAGCCAUGGCCCGGAGGAAGCUCAUUCCAGGAACCUUCCAGCUGUGGGGUCACUCCAUCCAGGUGGACUGGGCCGAGCCGGAGAAAGACGUGGACGAGGAGGUCAUGCAGCGCGUCAGAGUCCUUUAUGUGCGUAACCUGAUGCUGAGCACCUGCGAAGAAACUCUUCGUCAGGAGUUCUCCCGCUUCAAACCGGGCUCCGUGGAGCGGGUCAAGAAGCUCACCGACUACGCCUUCGUUCACUACCGCUGCCGCGACGACGCCGUCACCGCGCUGAGCCUCAUGAACGGGGCCCAGAUCGACGGAGCCACCGUGGAGGUGACGCUGGCUAAACCAGCGGGGAUCAAAGAGGGCAGCGUGGCCGGGAGGAGGUACAGCAGCAGGGGAUACCUGGGGAACAACGGCGCCGCAUGCGGAGGAGGGAACGGGACGUUUGUCCUGCACAGGGAUGGAGGGAUGAUGGGAGGAGACGCAUGCUCCCCUCUGAGAACUGUGUCCCUGCCGCCGCGCCUGGGAAGCCCCUUCUACCCAAGAGCAGAGGAGCCAGACAGGUGUGUGUUCCCUCUGUUUCCCGGCACCCCCCUGUCCCCCACCAGCCUGCUGUCACUGAAGCAGAGUCAGAUCGCCUCCGCGGUCAGUCUGCUCGAGUUCUACUGCCGCAAAAACUACUGGUCGCUGCCCGAGUACCACCUGUACUCCACGCCCGGCCAGGACGGGAAGCUGCUGCUCCUCUACAAGGUGGUGAUCUCUACAACACGAAGCACCUACAUCCCAGACAAGCUGUGUGUGCUGCUGGACGACGCGAAAGAGCUGGCUGCACAGACGACCCUGUGGAACCUGGACUCGUCCUUCUUGAAUGCAGCUUCCUGUGACUCUCCCAGCACCCCCUCUCCUCCGCACGCCAUCCCCCCCUCCACCAGUCCCGGGUUGCUGACCUGCGGCGGCAGAGCCUUCGCCUCCUGCUUCCCUCCUCCCCCGCCCUCCCCCUUCACCCUCUCCUCUCUGUCCACGCUCACCCCGCCUGCCUCCCAGACACAGAGGCUGUACAUCAGCCCCCAGUCGCCUUUCUACUGACGAGAUUCAGCCGUGAGGAGGACGAGGAGGAGGAGGACGAGGAGGAGGAGGAGGAGGAGGAGAGGCAGGACCGUCUCCUGAUUACACCAGCAGACACUGUUGUUAUCGGACGCAGCUGUGCACGCCCUGCGUCUGUUUGAAAGGUAACCUCUGUGCGAGCGGAGGGCGGGACAGAUGAUCGGACGCUUCUUCUCUCGAUCACCUCUGAUUUACAAACAUCACCUCGAAGAGAACAAACUGUUUAGAUUUAUAAAACGGGACAAAUCCAAGUGAGAAGAAGCGUCUCUGUCGGCCCCUCCUCACGUCACCUAAAGUACCCAGAAUGCCACACAACGCGUGAACGUCUGACAUCAGAUCCUCGUUUCUAUUCCAACUGUUCCGACUCGUUGAGUGUUUGACUUGUUUUCCAUUUACUUUGAGCUUCUGGGUUAAUGAUAUAUAAGGUUCAUCCAUCUGAGAACUAAGUAGUGAUUUAAACGCCACCUCUCCUCUGAACGUAAGUGAAGCGUCUGUUUCAAAGUGUUUCCUUAUUUGCCCGAUUUGAUGGCGUUCACGUUCUGAGGAAAAACAAACGAGUAAAACGAAGCGUUGCGGAGGAACUUAAAUUCUACAAUAUUAACUCGCCAACAUUUCCCAUCGGAGUGCAUACCGCUUUAAAUCUGCAUUCAACCUUUUAUUUUGAAAUUCAUAUUUAUUUAUAUCCUGAUUUUAAUAUUUUUACACGCCAUAUAAUUGAACUACUCUUAACUUAAGUCACAAAUAGAUUCGCCAUCACCAGGUUUGCUUUCCUAGCAGAGCAGAUCUUUUAUUUUGAAAAACCACAUUUACAGCAGAUAUUUCUAUACAUGCUGCCUUUAAUAUUUUUAGACGUCUUAUAAUUAAAUGUGACGACUUUCAAGCCAACAUUACAGAUAAAAGAGAUUCACCAUCUUGUCCACGAUAAAAUAAAGUUUUCAUUUGUUAUCGGAGGCGUUGUGUUAACAGCACUUUGAGUUCCAUUAAUUAAAGGUUAAUUAAGUGUUUGUUGAUCUGAACAAACAAAGUGACGUUCUGCUUGAGUUCGGAGUGCAAAGUGUUUCUGUAUAUUUAUACAACUCUGUUUGUUUCUGGAGUUUCCAGAUGAUUUAAUAGAAAGUUGCUCCUCACGACAUGUUUCAGGUUGUAACGUGUGUCCCCGUUAUACAGCGAACCAACUCGCAUCCAAACUCCACGCCUUCAUUUCAGAUUAUAAUCGCUUUACUGACGCAAAUUAAUCCUACAAAUAUUUAUUUAACAAUCCAGAGAAGGAAACGUAAUCGAAGCCAAACACAUUCAGGAAGGCGAACGACUGUAAAUACAUGUGACCUAUUUAUUUAAAUGUUUACCGUUUAAAAUGUCCCUUUCAAUGAAAAAAGAAGAAUGAAGAGUUUGAUUACGACACCAGAACUGUAACGUGGAGGGACUUGUACCUUGUGAGGAGGUUUGAGGGAGCCGUGUUGUUGAAUAAAUGUUUACUGUUCAAA